AUGUCAAGAGGAGCUCGAGCUGCAGCCUCUACUGCCAAAAGAGUGACACGAAGCUCCACUGGGGCUACACCAGCAAAACCAACUGAGACUGUGAAGAAAUCCCCCGAGCUUGACGAUGUGAAGAAACCCAUCAAGCAAGAAUACGAGUCUUCUGUGAAGCCAUCUAGGUCUCCACGUAAACGUGCUGCUUCAACAUCUCAGCCCGAGACCAAGAGGAGGAAAAAGGUCAAAGCUGAAGAGGGCUCAGGAUUGAUUAGUCCUUCGCCAUCAUUGUCACCACCACCGUCAUCAACAAAAACAUCUCCCUCCAAGUCCAAGACCAAAUUGAGCACGGCAGCAGAGCUGCAAUCCAGAAAAUUGAAGUCAUUCGCCCAAUUCGCCAACCAAUCUCCGUUCCCGGACUUUCCUCAUCCGACGCCAGAGGAAUGUAAGCUCGCACAUCGCAUACUGGCAUCCCUUCAUGGCCCUCGCAUCCGGCCUAAGGAAAUAGUCGCAUCUACAACGCGAGCAGGCUGUGGCGACUCGCCUUCGGUGCUAGAUGCUCUCGUUCGGACGAUUCUAUCGCAGAACACCAGCGAUGCGAACUCGACUCGAGCCAAGAAAAGCAUGGACAAAGUGUAUGGCUCGAGCGAUAAAUGGGACGCCAUCGUCGAAGGCGGCCAGGCCAAAUUACAGGAAGCCAUCAAAUGUGGCGGGUUGAGUGCGGUGAAGAGCAAAGUGAUCAUCAGUAUUCUCAACCAGUCGUAUGAGAAGUACGGCAAAUACUCGCUCGAUCACCUCCAUCAGGCGUCGAGUGAAGACGCGAUGCGGGAAAUGAUUUCCUUCCAAGGCGUUGGUCCCAAGACGGCCAGCUGCGUCCUGCUCUUCUGCCUGCAGCGUGAAAGCUUUGCCGUGGACACGCACGUUUGGCGCAUCACGGGCUUGCUAGGCUGGAGGCCGAAGGCUGCUUCCCGCGACGAGACAUAUGCACAUUUGGAUGUCAUGAUCCCGGACGAAGACAAAUACGGGUUGCACAUCUUACUGGUGACACAUGGCAAGCGCUGUGAGGAGUGUAAAGCGGGUGGCAAGAAUCUUGGCGCAUGUGAGUUGAGGAAGGCUUUUCGGGAUCGAAAAAUCAAGGGCGAGGCUGGUGAAGAGGUUAAGCGGGAAGAGGUGGAGGAGGUCAAAAAGGAAGAGAUUGAGCAUGAGAAGUAA